CAGGCAGAGUUGGGGGUUGAGGGAGGGCCGAGGUUGGAAGGCGUCGAGGACGCGGGGAAGGGGGUCGCCGUCGUGCGAGGCGUCUUUGCGAGGUCUCCGGAGAAGGCGCCUCGGCAUGUUGGCGAGGCUCAAGGGGGAAAAACAAAAAGGGAAAGGACAACCCGCUGCGUCGCUUUGUGUAUGUGGAAGUGAAUUUCGACCCACGGAAACUCCCGCUGGAACAGCUGUGGGUUUUUAAAUAUGCAUAUGGUUGAUUUGUCUACAGUACUGGGGAUAAGUGAUUCAUUUUGAAAUGUUUGCUGCAGCUGCAGAUUUGGACGUAGAGGUUCCUUCAUUAUUAUGGGGCUUGAAUCCUAUAUUUUCAGCCUUUGCAAAGUUGUAUAUUAAAGAUAUACUAGAAAUGAAAGAAUCUAAACAGGUUCCUGGUGUAUUCUUUUAUAAUAGACAUCCAAUAAGGCAGGUGGAUAUUCUUGGAACUGUGGUUCUAACUAAAGAACGAGACGCCUUUUAUACUUAUGGAGUGGAUGACGGCACAGGUGUUAUAAAUUGCACCUGCUGGAAAAAUUCUUGGGCAGAACAGAAACCUUUGUCAGAUUUCCAGUCUCCUCCCAGUACCUCAGGCAGUCUGGACCUUAAGGAACAGAUAAGAAAGCUUCAGUUAGCAAUUCAUCAAAAGACAAGGCUGGAAAUUGGUGAUGUUGUCAGAGUUCGGGGCUCCAUUCGGAUCUACAGACAGCAGCGGGAAAUCAAAGCCUCCCUGUAUUAUAAAGUUGAUGAUCCUAUGUUUGAUGUCCAGAUUGCAAGGAUGCUGGAACUCCCUAAUUUGUACAGAGACAUAUAUGAUACGUCAUUCCAGUUUCCAGAAGAGGUACAAAGUGGCAGAAGUAUAGCAGACAUGUUGGGCUCCAUCAGUAUACUGAGUGAAAAAAUAAGAGUCUUCCUGAUGCAGAACAAAAUUCAGAGCUUCUAUAAGCAGGACUUGGAAACAGUGAAAGAUCUUGUAUCUCUGGUCAAGGAUGGAGGUCAGAGUACCAAUGCUGAACAAAUGGAUUCCAAAACAGAUCUCUCUUCUAAACUAAUUAGAAACUCCUUCGCAGAAGCAAUAAAGGUGCUGCAGAAUAUGGGUGUUCUUUUCCAGAAAUCAAGGAAUCUUAAGGACAUGUAUUAUGUGACUGAACAGGAUACAGAAUUGCAUAAGAUGACACUUGAAAUCCUCAGAUCUGAUUGCAAGAGACCAAAAUAUGCUGAAAAGGGCUGCCAUUUCCGUCACAUUCUCAACUGUAUUCAGCAAAGCUACUGCCCUUACAUCACAGAAUCUGUGGUCCGUUGCCUCCUGGACUGGUUAGAGACAAACAGUGAUAUAGUCACUACCAUGGAAGAAUACUACACUGUAUUUUAAAUUAAGGAAUGCCAUGGACUUCUGCAACAAAGUUUUAUCCAGUGGUCUUGAACAGCAUCUGUGACAGCAGGGACUUGGUUAUGUUUUCUUAUUUAGAAGAUGAAGUAUAAUAAACUUCCUAUUGCUUUUGUUUUGA